AACCGAAAAUCUGUCUUAUACUCCUCAUUCAUUUCUUGUUUCAUUUGUACCUACUCUUACGCAGAAUAAGUAAAUAACUGUCUGGCUGUGUAAUUUUGGAAUUUAUCUUGAAAAAAAUGGCGCGACAUCUUUGGUUUUUACUCGUAAUAUUGAUUUCAUGUUCAAUCACUUCUGGUCUUAUUAUGGGACGUUGGGCAAAUGGUACGCUCUUGACAUUCAACGUUAAACUGAACUGUUCGUUUGUUUGUACCGAUAAAAAUGAAGUUGAAUGGAAGGUAGACUCCACCGACGAAGCCAAAAAUUACGUUCAGGUGGUGUCUCCGAAUGAAAAGAUUCUCAGAAUAGAAAAUAUCUCGAGAUACGAUACAGGCGUGUAUAAAUGCAUGUCCAAAGAUGACCCUUACCGGUUCAUAAAGCUGGUUGUUCACAUUUUUGGUGACAAACCAGGCACUCGACUUCUUGGAUAUCAGCCUACAUCAUACACGGGCCACGUAUCACUGGAACAUCCUUAGAUAUAAAAAGCUCACAGAAUGAAAAAAAAAAACAAUGUUCAUUUUACUCUGCAAAGGUUUCAUGUGUACUAAGAAAUAAGCGUCUAUUUAUAUUAAAAUAAAAUUGUCAUUAAAUUACA